AUGAGUACCAAGAAGCUGACUGACCCGCGAAAAAUGUUUUCAAAGGAAGUGGAUCCUUAAGCAAAGGACCGUUUCUCUGUAUUAACUCAGUUUAAAGCAGAAGUGUUUAGGAAAUAUGUGUUUAACAGCCACAUGCGGCAGGUCAGUUAUGUCUGUUAAGCGACAUCUAUUUUAUAUGAGAACGACAUGUCUGCUGUUCUCCACUAACAGUCCGACCUCUGGGAGAGCGGGGUCACGGAAACGUCCAAAGAAAGCAGCCUGGACCGACGGUGUGUCCUGGGAGGAGAGGCUGGCCGAUGCGGUUACCCCGCUCUGGAGGCUGAGCUAUGAGGAGCAGCUGGAGCUCAAACUAAUCAACCAGCAGAGGAUCCUGUCUCAACUGUCAGGCUCCCUUUUAGCUGAUCUCAGGUCAGAUUUCCCACCGCCUGCAGCAGCUAAACUCAGCUUUCCUGUCCUGCCUGUCCUGCCCUCACCAGUCAGGGAUGGAUACCGCAACAAAUCCACAUUUUCUGUCAAUAUAGGAGUUGAUGGAGAUCCAAAAACGGUUGGAUUGUACGUGGGUACGGGCAGACAGGGGAACAUUGUCUGCGUGAAGGCAGAUCACCUGCUCAACAUGCCAGAGAAGCACACGAUGGUAGCCAGAUAUUACCAGGACUUCAUCCGCCUCUCCUCUCUGGAGCCCUGCUUGCUGUUCCACACUGGGGGCCACUGGAGAGAGAUCACUGUGAGGACCAAUGCUCAGGGACAGACCAUGGCUAUAGUGUACUUCCACCCACAGAUGAUGACUGCAGAGGAGGUGGCUGUCCACAAGGCCGAGCUGGUGGCCUAUUUUACUCAAGGUCCUGGAUCAGUGUGUCAGCUGGACUCCCUGUUCUUCCAGGAGAGCAGGAUGACUCGCUGCACACAUGAAGAAUCCCCCUAUCAGCUCCUCUAUGGUCAGCCAUACAUCUAUGAGGAGGUGCUCGGUUUCCAGUUCCGCAUAUCUGCUGACGCCUUUUUCCAGGUGAACCGGACAGCUGCUCAGGUGCUGUAUGACACAGUCAGAGACCUGUGUGUCCCCGUCAGGAAGGAAGGAGCUGCCCAAUCCAAACCCGGUGGGACUCUGCUUGACAUCUGCUGCGGCACAGGUGCCAUCGGCAUCAUCGCUUCCCCCAGAGUGGACAGGGUGAUCGGAAUUGAGCUUAUAGAGCAGGCGGUGAGAGAUGCCAAGCACAACGCCGCUCUCAAUAAUGUCGGAAGCUGCGAGUUUCUCCCCGGUAAAGCAGAGGUGGUCCUUCCCGCUCUUAUGACUCAGUUAAGUUCUGCACCUGGAGUUGUUACAGCUGUGGUGAAUCCGUCUCGAGCCGGCCUCCACCCCAGAGUGGUCAGAGCGCUGAGAAAUCAACCCGCCAUCCGCAGACUGGUGUACGUCUCCUGUAAACCGGACGGAGAGGCUAUGAGGAACUUUAGGGAGCUUUGCUGUGCUCCUGACCAAGAAAAGAAGCUUACAGGUCCGGCCUUUACUCCAACUCUUGCUGUGCCGGUUGACAUGUUCCCACACACUCCUCAUUGUGAACUAGUGCUUCUGUUUGAGAGGUAGCUGGAUUUUUCAUUUUAUUAUUCCUGUCUAACUAGCCUGGAUGGAGCUAAUUACAGCUGCAAGACAAUGACAGAUGGAUUUGUACUUACAGAUGGGUUUCUUUUUAAUUUGUUUUCACAACUCUGUAAUGAUAUAAAGAUGCUUUAUAUUAUUUAUGUAUUUAAUGAACACAUUAUGUUUGCAUAUUGAUUUAGUUUUAAAGUAAAUGUCAAAAAAAGCCAAAUAAUAUUUAUUUCAUUUUCUAUUUCUUCCACCCAACAGCCCAAAACUUCAAGAAAUCAAAGGAAACUUGAAGGGAUCAAAUCCACAAGUUUCCAGCGUGUAGUUUUAUUCUUCAAAUUCUCUCAGCCCACUUUUCAAAUGAACCGUUAAAAUGAGGCUGACCAUCAAUCAACAGGAAAGUAUAAAGGAAAUGUACUCCUACGUUUUGAA